ACUGAACUGUCGCCGCCGUACAGCUCUCGUUACAGUUCUUGUAGACAUUUUGUCGGCUCGGAAAAUCAUGGACGGUUUUAAACUCAGGGAAUGAUACUGCUGAGGUUGUUGAAAAGCCAAAAGACUACGGCGGUUAAUGCCAAACUUAUAUAUUUUGAGGUGGAGAGAGACCUCUAAGUUGGCAUCAUGCCUUUGGCGACGCGAAACAUCGAACCGCGACAUCUUUGUCGCCAGACAUUGCCAAAUACAAUCAAGAGUGAACUGGAGUGUGUGACCAACAUCACACUUGCCAACAUCAUUCGCCAGCUUGGCUCACUUAGUAAGUAUGCGGAGGAUGUUUUCGGCGAACUCUUUGUUCAAGCCAGUGCGUUUGCAGAACGAGUAAACACGCUUGGAGACCGAGUGGACAAGCUGCAGGUUAAAGUCACUCAACUGGACCCAAAAGAGGAGGAAGUUUCUCUUCAGGCAAUCACCUCCCGCAAAGCAUUCCACUCUGAUUCUUACCAGGAUCAGCAGCUCUUUGUUAGGAAAACACUACCACAGCCUAUCGGUGAUACGUAUAAGACUUGCGACCAACCGCCUCCUCUCAACAACCUUAGCGUUUACAGGGAGGAUGGUAAAGAGGCUCUGAAGUUUUACACCGAUCCGUCAUAUUUCUUUGACCUAUGGAAAGAGAAAAUGCUUCAAGAUACCAAGGACAUUAUGAAAGAGAAACGCAAACACAAGAAGAAGAAAGAUGACAACCUUAACCGGAGGAAUUUGAACCCUCGAAAGAUCAAAACUCGUAAAGACGAAUGGGAACGCCUAAAAAUGGGGCAGGAGUUUGUUGUCCCCAAAAAUGAUGCUUUAGGGUCUUCAGAAGGGUUGAAUGGCAGUAUUUGCUCUGAUGAAAUGGGUUAUGGGCACUCCGAUGGGUAUUUGGACCAAAGCACUGGCUCCUACAGUUAUGAUCCUAGCUCUCCUUUGCCACCUCCAAUGCAAGAAGACUUUCCACCCCCACCACCUCCAGACGCGCCGUAUCAUGAUGGACAGCCUGGUGCUCCACCCCAGUCACGUAACAGUCUUUUAAGCCCCUCUCACCCCCCUCCCGCUCCUCCAACGAUGGCAAGUUCUCCCCCUGGUCGUCCAACUGUGGCCCCCCCAAUGGCACCCCCUCCACCUCCACCACCUGGUGGGAUGAUGCCACCUCCACCUCCCAUUGAUUCUCCUCCAUCUCCUCCUCCUCCAUUUUCCAAUAAUACUGCUCCUAUUCCACCUCCACCACCCAUGGAAACCUCUAAUCUGGCUCCUCCUCCACCACCCAUGGGUGGACCACCGCCUCCUCCCCCUCCUCCUCCUCCCCCAGGCCCACCUCCUCCCUCUGCUCCAGCACCACCUCCUUCGGGAGGAGUACCUGCCUCUGCACCCAAAGCCCAGCCUGCUCCUGCUCCUGCUGAUCCCAGAAGUAAUCUCCUUUCUGCUAUCCGUCAAGGAUUUAACUUGCGUAAAGUGGAGGCACAGAGAGAGCAGGAGAAAAGAGAUCACAAUGGCAAUGAUGUCGCAGCCAUCCUGUCCCGCCGCAUUGCUGUGGAGUGCAGCGACUCUGAAGAUGAUUCAUCGGAGUUUGGCGAUGAUGACUGGUCUGACUAAAGCUGUCAUCCGACCCUUCAUCACUUCUGUUAUGACAUAAAGAUCAUUCCUUUUAAGACUUCAGACUUUUCAUAUUAGCUGUUUAUCUUUGAUGAGGCUAAAAGCAAAGUGGUCGAGGGCCAAAGAUUGUCUGUGUAUGUGUGUCUGUCCAGAAAAUUAAGUCUAAUCUAGAGUGUGAAUUAUUUAGUUGAUAAGGAGGUACGGGCCUAGUCCAGCCUUCUCCUGUUACAGAGGGCUUGUACCUUUUGGAUAAUGUGGCCAAAGUAAGGUAAACCGAAAUUGUGUAUGCGCACUUUUGUGCUUGUACUUCCACAUUUUUGCUCUUUAUGCAUCAGUAUCAAACGCAAUGUAACCACAUAAAGCCUUACAAGGCAAGACAUUUUUAAUGUUGAUAUUUAAAAAGGAUACUGCAGUGUACUUACAGUGGGAAGAAAUAACCUGUUGUCUUGGCAGUAUUUUUUCAUUGUAGUUAAAGAAUCACAAACACUCUACUGCCAAAAGCUUUUAAAUGGCUUCUAGGUCUUUCUUAACCGCCUUCUUGUCACUGUGUCGCCAGUUUGCGGCCCUUAUGUCUGACUGAAUGAUGUUAGUGUCAGCAAUUCUGUUAGUAUUUUUUUGUUUAUCUUGUUUUCCAAAGUGCCUGCUUUUCUAAUAAUACAAGUGCCUGAUAUUUUAAAGCCAAACUUGUAGAAAUUACACAAGAUUUUGAGUUGUGGAAUAAUUCCAAAUAUUUUCUACCAGCAAUAUAUUGAAAUAAAGACCUUAAGUAUA